AUGAUGACGUCCUUGUGGCAAUCCAUUGAAACUUUAGGAUACGACGCCAUCGAUCGUGGUUUGAUACCUGAUUUCAUUUUACGACCGGCUAUUCGGUUUAUCUGUAGACAAAGACUUUCAAGUUUGAAUCAAGGAUCUGAGGAAGAACGUCAUGAGAGAAAGAUGGGAUUUAUUGAAGGACUUCGGGGAAAACCAGUGGCGAUUGAACAAACAAAAGCCAACGAGCAACACUAUGAAGUUCCAACAGAGUUUAUCAAAUCUUGUCUAGGCUCACACAUGAAAUACUCUUGCUGUUUAUUCCUUGGUGGUCAAGAAAAUCUAGACCAGGGAGAGGUAUUGAUGUUGGAGGAUUAUUGUGGUAAAGCUAAAUUAAAAGAUGGGAUGAAGAUUUUAGAUUUAGGUUGUGGUUGGGGUAGUCUAUGCCUUUAUCUUGCACAAAAAUAUCCAAAAUCACAAAUCACUGCUUUAAGUAAUAGCCGCACACAAAAAGUUCAUAUAGAUUCCUUGGCACAGGGGAGACAACUCUCGAAUUUGAAUGUGGUCACUGGUGACGUGAUGAGUUUUGAUUUUCCAUCUUCGAACUCCUUUGAUCGGAUCUUGUCUAUUGAGAUGUUGGAACAUAUGAAAAACUACGAAUUUUUGUUCAAAAAGGUUUCAACCUGGCUCAACCCGGAUGGAUUGUUUUUUGCACACGUCUUUUGUCAUACAAUACAUCCUUAUCAUUUUGAGUCAGAUGAUGGCUGGAUGGCGCAAAACUUUUUCUCAGGUGGAACAAUGCCUUCACUUGACCUGUUUGCAUACUUUCAAAGAGAUCUCGUGUUGGAAAAGUCUUGGUAUAUCAAUGGGAAACAUUAUGGUCGCACUUCGGAGUUAUGGCUCAAGCAACUCGAUGCAAAUGCACCUAUGUGGUUGAACCAAAGAAGAAAAGAUGCUAGUACUGCUCUCAAUGGGAAAUUCUCAACUGAACAAGAAAUCAAAGAUAUGGAGAAAACUUUCUAUCGAUUCAGGACGUUCUUUAUAGCAGUUGCUGAAUUUUUCGCUUUGGACGAUGGUAAAUCGUGGGGAGUGGCGCAUUAUGUAUUCAAGAAAAAAAGUAGCUAG